AUGUCUACUGAUCGCAAACCCCUCGUUCUCACAACCGGCGGUGCUGGUUUCAUCGGCAGUCACACAAUUGUGGAACUCCUUGAAGCUGGCUACGACACGGUCAUUCUUGACAGCUUCUGCAAUGCAAGAAAGGGUUGCAUCGCUAACCUUGAGAAGAUUGUCGGUCAAAGUCUCAAAGUUCGUGAAAUUGACCUUCUGGACAAGGAUGCUCUAACCAACCUCUUCCAUGAGUUCAAAUUUGACUUUGUCAUUCACUUUGCGGCCCUCAAAGCCGUUGGUGAAUCCGUCCACUUUCCUCUUCAAUACUAUCAAAACAAUAUUACUGGCUUCGUCAACUUGUUAGAGGUAAUGGUCUUAAAGUCGACCUUUAAAAUCAAUCUCAUUCGUACUGUAAUGUCUGCUAAUGAUGUGAAGAAGUUGGUCUAUUCCAGUUCCUGCACUGUCUACGGUGAUCCUUCCAAGUUGCCCCUCACAGAAGAUACCCCAAUUGGUAACUGUGCCAAUCCCUACGGUCGUACCAAAUAUAUUGGUGAAAUGAUUCUUGAAGAUCUGGCAAAGUCGGACCCAGAAUGGUCAAUCAUCAAUCUUCGCUACUUUAACCCUGUCGGAGCUCACAAAUCUGGUCUCAUUGGUGAAGAUGCGGGGCCAGCACCAAAGAACAUAUUCCCAUGCCUCACGAAAACUGCUUACGGUCUUAUGAAGGAAGUUGUCGUGUUUGGAAAUGACUACAAGACUCCUGAUGGCACUGGUAUUCGUGACUAUAUCCACGUCGUUGAUCUCUCUAAAGGUCACGUUUCAGCCAUGAAGCAUCUGACCACGUUCAAAGGUUGUAAGGCCUACAACUUGGGCACAGGACAAGGAUACUCUGUCUUAGAGUUGAUCAAGGCCAUGGAAAAGGCAUCAGGAAGGCAUAUACAGUUUCGCUAUGAUGCCAGACGUGGAGGUGAUAUCGCUGUGGCCUUUGCCGAUACCACUCUAGCCGAGAAGGAGCUUGGUUGGAAGGCUGAAAAGGCACUUCCUGAAAUGUGUGAGGAUGCUUGGCGCUGGCAAUGCAACUUCCCUGAGGGAUAUCCCAAAGUUGACUAG